AUGCGUACCGUUCCAUCCGAUGCUCUGUCCGCACAGGCACCAACCUUCGACGAGCGGCGAGGUACAGAUCUCGAACACCGCCCUGCGACGCAGAUCCGCACGCUCAUUGUUGUGAGCGAACCACGAGCGAUGACGGCGAUCACCACGUUCGAUGACGGCCAUCUGGUCUGUCCAUGCGUAACCGACCAUGCCUUGUCGCAAUGUCCGACCGCCGCGCCCCGGCCCACGAUCCCGGCAGCUGCUGGAGAAGAUAUCUUGCUGAGGUGGCAUGGUCCGACGGCGCACAGAGCUAUCAGCCUUUGGGCUGGCGAUGGUCACCAAGAAGAGAUGAUCGAAGAGGUCUCGGCCGUUCGACGAAUCUCCACAUGGCGUUCGGCACCAAGUCGUGUGGUGUUCGAAGGAGAUCCGGGGACUCAAAACGAGAACGCGAUAGAGGGUGACGUUUGCAACGUUGAGGGUCCAAGGGGAGGCGUCAGGUGGCUUGAGCUCAACCCUUAUAAGGCUUGGUUGAAGACCGAUUCCACUUGCCGAGGAGCACUGAGCAGGGGACUUGUAGCGGGGAGCGGUCACCCCUGGCCUUAA